UUGAUUUGAAAUUCAGCUUGGUGUUUCACAACGAUGUCAACCAAGGGCUCAGUACCAGGUGGUUCCGAUCUUGAUAUUGAUUUGGCCGGGGUUCUAAAAGAUUCCCAGAACGUGUUUCAGAGCCUUGCCAAAACUCGCAAAGAUCUUCGAAGUUCGCAAUUAGAGGCUAGAAUCACCAAAGAUCUGCUUCAAUCCGCUCGUCAGCGACUGGAAUUGAGCGAUAACAGGGGCAUCCCGCACGAGUGGAGUCGCCUUUCAAAAAGUUUAAGCAACGUCAUCAAGGUGGUAAGCAGCCGGAAAAAUGUCGCUGAGUAUGAGGAAUCUAUCCGGAAGUUGACCGAGGAGAAUGAACGAUUAAAAAAGCAAUUGGAUUGUUCGGCCUCCAACCACGAAGAGGCAUUGAAAAAACAGAAAUCGGAUCUCAAGAAAGAAUCCGAUAAGGAGGCAGCGCAAUACUCGAAACAGAUAUCGGAGUUGACGAUCGAUAAGGAAUUGGCGGCUUCGGAGGCUUCAAUAAAGUACGAUCAACUGCAAUCCCGUAUCGACAGGAUCCGGGCCGAAAAUGAAGAACGCUGUAAUGCGAUUGUGGCACAGUACGAGAAGCUGGUGCAAUCUGUGUCUGACCAGAAACAUAAACUGCGCGAGGAAAACAUGGCCCUGCAAAGGCGAGAGAUGGAACUGCGGGAUCAGUUGGACCGUCUGCAAAACCACUCGACCGAUUACAUGCUUGGAAUGGGCGGUCGUCGGGUUGCCCCCAUUGCUAUGGGAGGCAGCCAACGGUACGCAGAGGUAGUGGAAACCGUACCGUUGCAGACGUACGGCAGUGCAAAGAGCAGCAGUCAGCAACCUGUGCAGUCGAAAGGGAAUGAUCGAGGGGUGCCGGAAGUAGCAGAAGUCAGCUCCACGUGCAAUAGAGGAAGAACUCAAGGCAGUCCACAACACCCAGGCUUGGGUGGUCACGUGGCGAAGCCACGCAAGAAAAGGAAACUGUUCUCUCAUUCUAACGAGAGUUGUUAAUUUGUUAGAAAAUUAAUCUUUCUAUCAUUGGAAAUGUGGAUGAAGUGAUUUCUCUAUCCAUGGAUUAAAUAAAUACAAACAACAA